AUGAACUAGACUGUCAAAUUAAGCGUCCUUUAAUUUUUCUUCCGUUAAUAUAAUAAUAUUCAGAAUUUAUAUUGUUUAAUUAACAACAAGUGUAAAGAUAUUGUUUUAAUUUCUUAUUCUUCAUCGCCGCUGAUAUCCAGAUUGCUGUUUUGAUCUAUCAUGAAAUUCAAGUUUUGCUCGGACGGGGACUGCCCUUUGUGGGCGUUAGCAGCACUGCACGCUCUCAGCAGCCUUCCCGCUCAGCUGUUCAGGUCACUCCUUCAGCAUGUCAUGGAAGAACAGCCGGAUGAUGCCAUCAUGGAAAUAUUAAAAGACACUAAUUUGUCGUCUCGUGACGAAUGCGCCCGAGCAGCAGCGGUCAUCCGCUGGGUGGUGCAACAAGCCCUGUCAUGUUCAUGCCCGGGGCCGCAACUCACGCGUGACCUGCUAGUGCUCGGGGUGCCCCGAGCGCACGCCACAGCGCUGACUGACGCGGCUGAAGCGCAGAGAGAAGCAUACCAGGCACAUGUUCGCAGCAAUGGAUUUAUGGUGAACAAACUGACCGACGUAUCCCUAGCUCCAGGUCCUGAGGGCACGGUGGAUACUUACAAACUGUCCUUAUACACCGAUGACACCUUCACUGGGGAACAAAAUAAACGGGAGGUGCUGAUAGAAAGAUCACAAGCAAAGACCUUGCUGCAAGAACUGAAGAAAGCUUAUAAGAAAAUGGAGGAACUUGACGUUGAAUAGAUUAUAUUAUAUUAAAUUGUAUAAUUGUACUACUCUCGGUCACGCUGCGUCAAAGAUCCAUCAUUAAAGUGGUUGGUCUAUAAACAAGAUUAGGCACGAAAUACUAGAUGGCGCUGGAGUCGAGACUUGAAGUUUUUGUUGUUUAUUUCGUAAUUAAAGAUAAUUGGAAGCAAAAUUUCUAAAUUGGCGAGAGAUUUUUAUUCUUAUGUAUAAAUGAAAAGUAACAAAAUAAGCGAUCUUCUUCUGAAUGAAUUAUAAUCCACAAAAUUGCAAUAUUUUUUGCUAAUUACUGUUGUUUAACAAAAUGGAUCAAUACAAGAGAACAAAAACAAAAAUUAUGAUAAGUUAUUACUAUAUCGGUAAAAAUGUAAAUAAACUACUAGCCAAUUUAGAAAUAAUAUCUUUAAUUACAAAGUCAACAAAAACCACAAGCCUCGAUUUUAGCGCCAUCUAGUAUUUUGUGUACAAUUUUGUUUAGUGAAAGUGGUGGUAAUUUUCUAAUUUAAGAUAAUUUGAGGCACCAUUUCUAAACGUAAUUCUACGGAAUGCCAGCGUUUGUUCAGAUGUCAGCGCGCUGAUUUGGCGCCGAACCGAAUGUGGCAUUAGCCAUACACCUACCUAAUACUUAAAAAUAAGUUAUUAUUCGUAUGUAUUGCUAGAUGUUAUUAAUUAAUUUUAAAUAAAUAGAAUUUAUUACUGCUCA